CAUCCAGUGCACUUAAAAAAAUAUAUACAAUUUGUUCAAAAGGUAUUUGAAUUAUAUUCUGACGGUUGAUGACUUGAAAAUGAUGAUGGCUGUCAUUUGUAUCAACUAUUUAGGAAAAUGAGAAAUAUGUCAUUUGCAUAAUAACUUGGAAUGUAGUGUAGUUUGCUUCGUUGUCCUUUUUCUCAGUUUCAGCCCGAACACGUCCCUGUAUUUUAUCAUGUGUGUUUACAGCUGUUGUUUCAUUGUAUUUUUUUUUUACAUUCACAAUUGCUAUUGUUCAAAGCAACUUUGUGAAAUUGCGGCGCGUCUUCGUCGUCGGUCGACUUCUUUGGUGGCCUGUGGCUUUAAGUGUUCCUGUCGUAAAGGAUUGUGGGUAAUAUAUCCAUUUGAACGCUCGGCCCGGACUCCCUCAGAAGCAACUUAUGCUUAAGGUGGCUUAAAGGUUGCACGAUGACACUUUUCCCCAGCAUCCGAAUGAAAGUUGACAAGCAAAUUGCGACUUCGAUUGAGACCAAGUUUGUCCAAACUGUGUUGCCGUACAAUUACUGCCGCAGCUCUGCUUCCAUGUUCGCUUCCCAGCGCAGGUCAAAAAGAAUAAGAAUAAGAAUAACCCUCUUUAAUUAGUACUGAAAUAUCGGAAGCCUCGACAAAGUACGUCUGAACGCUACCGUGCUUUACAGGAGUAAAACAUUAUUCAUGAAUUCUUCUUUUGCCGGUUAAACACGUUGGAGCUUGUCCGGCUAGCUUAGCCGCGUUUAGCUUAGCUUAGCUUAGCUUAGCUUAGCUUGCCUGCUGCGAACAAAGAGACCAAGCAGUCAUCACGUUAUCAACACAUCGCUCGGCGGUGAUCACUUGCGAGUGUAAAGUGCUGCGAUGAUCGUGGGGGAAAUGUGCUCAAAGAGUGUGGAAGAAGCAAAGAAAACCAAAGAGGAAAACGAGCCACAAAGUGUUUUCAAGACGCCCGGAGACUUGAGUGAAGAUCUUCAUCCUGAGCAGCGGGAGGGGAACUUCAGGGUGGGGCAGGAGGAGCCAGAGCCCCGACACGUCAAAGAGGAAGAGGGGGACGCUGAUCUCAGCACGUUGCCCUUCCACUGCAUCAUUGUGCAGAUGGAAGGUGAUGGAGACCACAGUGGAGGAUCACAAACAGACAGCCUACGAGCUCCACUAUCAAAUAGUGACGACACAACGUCACACGCCCCUGCCGCUGAUGAUGACGAUGAACACUCUCAAGGUGAUAAGACACGUCACACUGAGCAACACUGUCAAUGCUCUCAAUGUGACAAAAUCUUUGUUAGCAAGUGUUCUCUGAAAAGACACAUGAUAAUCCACAGAGGAGAGAAAGCAUUUAGUUGCUCAGAUUGCGGUAAAAGGUUUUGUCAUAAGGGACAUUUGAACAUACACAUGAGAACGCACACCGGAGAGAAACCUUUUGCCUGUUCCGUUUGCAGUAAACGAUUCUCGAUCAAAGGAAGUUUGAUCAAGCACACGAGAACUCACGUUGGAGAGAAGCCUUUUGCCUGCUCGGUCUGUAACUUAAGUUUCAGUAAUUCCUCAAACUUAACAGCGCACAAAAGAAUCCAUACUGGAGAGAAACCGUUUCCCUGCCUGGUUUGUGGCAAAAGCUUUGCCGUCAAGGGAAGUUUAAUAACACACACGAGAACGCACACUGGAGAGAAACCUUUUGUCUGCUCAGUCUGCAACCUCAGUUUUAGUACUUGUUCAAAUUUAGUAACACAUUCAAGAACACAUACUGGGGAGAAACCGUUUGCGUGCUCAGUUUGUGCUAAAAGGUUCUCUAUCAAGGGAAGUUUAAUGACGCACACGAGAACACACACAGGAGAGAAGCCUUUUGCUUGCUCGGUCUGCCACGCGAGUUUCGGCGUUCGUUCCGGAUUGGUGAAACACAUGAGAACGCACACUGGGGAGAAACCCUUUUCCUGCUCUGUUUGCAGUGAAAGAUUCUCUCAAAAACGCACUUCGACAAGACACUUAGGAACACACGUUGAAGAGAAACCUUUCGUUUGUUCCGCGUGCAACGUACGUUUCAGCGCUCUUACUCGAUUGGUUCAUCACAUGGGAACGCACCCUGGCGAGAAACCCUUUUCCUGCUUAGCGUGCGGUCAAACAUUCGGUCAAAGACGCUCUUUGACGAGACACACGAGAAUGCACGCCGGGGAGAAGCCAUUCAGUUGUGGUGUGUGUGAUAAAAGCUUCUAUGAUAAGUUUCAGGUUAGGAAACGCAACUGUGCCGGUAAGAAGAAGAGCGAUAACUGAAGCUGUAACAAAUUGUGAAGAAACUCAAUAUUUUAUUGCAAAUGUGAUGUCCUUACU